AUGUCUCACGGUAAACGUAUACCUUCGUGUUCUUGUUUACGUAGACCGGACGUGGGCGACAAUGACGCUUUCACUUUAUCAACGUUUUCCCAAGACAAGUCGGGACGGACAAACUCUGAAAAUGAAAAAGAUAUUUCAUUGAGUGAAGAUAACAGCCAACACCUCGAGGGUGCGAAGAAUGAAAACAAGCUCCAGCAGGCCGAUGGUGAGACAGAACACUGGUACGGCAUAGUGAAAAACUUUGCCAAUAGCACUACAGCCCAUGGCUUAUCUCAUGUCGUCUCGUCGGUCUCUUGGUCUUCCAGGCUGGCUUGGACGAUCAUUCUUCUGGCUGCAGCCACGGCAUUCAUAACGCAGACCUUGAUGCUAAUCAUACAGUAUAUGGAGUUUAACGUGAAUACGAAGGUAGCCUUGGUGAGUGCCACAGAGAGACCUUUUCCAAGCAUCACCGUAUGUAAUACGAAUAAACUAAGACGAAGUGCACUACUGAAAUCCCGAUAUAGAGAGAUGCUAAUCGUGGACAGUCCAUUAGUGUUACCUCACUAUGGUGACGUUUCGGAGGGAGAGGUUGCUGCCCUUGAACCCCAUUGUUAUUAUGGCAUUCAUUACCACAGGUGUGUGUUCUAUCGAAGAGGACUUUAUAUGUGCCAAUGGCAUAUACUGCAUCAGAAAAUACUUGGAGUGUGA